GCAGAAAGAUGAAAAUAAUAUGUUAAUAUUUUGAAAUUAAACACUUGUUUUUUUAAUAUAAUUGUGAUAGUCUAAUAAAAAUCGCAAAUUUGUAUCUACAUUCAAAAAAGAUGUAAAGAGAAUUAAAUCCAAACACUGUUUAAAACAUUUUUUAAGCAUUUAAAAACCGGAAAUAAUACGUUUUAGUAUCUGAAAAAUUAAAUAUUUUUUUUUAGUGUAGUAAAUUAAAUUAAAUUUUUAGAUUAGACUUUAACAACAUCAUUCUUUCUGUGUAUCACUUUUGUGUGACGAGAGAGAGAAAUCUCAAUGUAUCUAUCCCCUUUACACGUAUUCUCUUUACACGUCGCAUCACCUAUAUCACUAAUUUACAUGUUUUUCUUAUCUGCACUUACAUAUUCUCUAUUCUAUGCAACACCUCUGCAACACCUGCAAGACACGGACGAUUUAAAUUUGGAUAGCCGAAGUAAUGUCCGACACUCCACCUUAUCUCGCUAGGAAAUGCUAUUCUUCACUUCCUCCACCUCUUCAGUCAAUUGGCAACAAAUAGGGAGAAAUGGCGUAUUUCCGUGGAUAUUACAUACCUUCCUUCGGAGCAACGGUCAACGUCGCCUGGGAAACCUUGAAGGCCAAAUGGCCAGAGAACAGUCCGUGCAUGGAGCUGAUCCGCAGCGCCGGCGGCGUCGGCGGCGGUAGUAUGGGCCAGGGACAACCCCAAGGCCGGCCCAGUCAAGGCCAAUUCAAGUCCUUCGACGAGGGUCAUGAUAACACCGAGAUGAUGACCAUGAACGGAGAUCAGGCUUAUCGAGAUCAGAACAACGUUGGGAUCGCCGAGGAUUCCUUCAGCUACCAGAGAAGCGGAGACAAAGUUAGAACCGGAAGCAUGAGCAGUGGAGAGUUUAGCGAAUAUGACGAGGGUGGCGGAGAAUUUGGUGCGGCGGGUGUCAAGAUCAACGAGUGGCAAGCCGCUUGGAACGUUACAAAUGCCAUUCAGGGAAUGUUUAUUGUCUCUCUGCCGUUCGCCGUUUUGCGUGGCGGUUACUGGGCGAUCGCCGCGAUGAUCGGCAUUGCGCAUAUUUGCUGCUACACCGGCAAGAUUCUAGUCGAGUGCCUCUACGAACUGGACUCGGUGACGGGUCAGCGUGUGCGCGUACGGGACUCGUACGUGGCCAUCGCCAAGGAAUGCUUCGGGCCUAGGUGGGGCGCCCGCGCCGUUAACAUCGCGCAGAUCAUCGAGCUGCUAAUGACCUGCAUCCUGUACGUAGUCGUAUGCGGCGAUCUGAUGAUCGGCACCUUCCCCGAGGGCGCGAUCGACACCCGCAGCUGGAUGAUGCUGAUCGGCAUAUUUCUGCUGCCACUCGGCUUCCUCAAAUCCUUGCAGCAUGUCUCGGUGCUGAGCUUCUGGUGCACAAUGUCUCACCUCUUCAUCAACGCGAUCAUCAUCGGUUACUGUAUCCUGGAGAUUGGUGACUGGGGUUGGUCGAAGGUGAAGUGGACGAUUGACAUGGAGAAUUUCCCGAUCUCGCUCGGCGUAAUCGUCUUCAGCUACACAUCGCAAAUCUUUUUGCCGUCUCUCGAGGGCAAUCUUAUUGAUCGCUCUAAGUUCGACUGGAUGUUGAAUUGGAGCCACAUUGCCGCGGCCGCGUUUAAGUCGCUCUUCGGCUGGAUCUGCUUCCUGACCUUUCAGAACGACACACAGCAGGUCAUCACGAACAACCUGCACUCGGCUGGUUUCAAGGGUCUGGUGAAUCUGUGCCUGGUCGUCAAGGCUGUGCUUUCAUAUCCCCUGCCGUACUAUGCGGCUUGCGAGCUCCUUGAGCGCGCCUUUUUCCGCGGCCGGCCAAAGACGCUAUUUCCAACCAUCUGGACGGUGGACCACGAGCUCAAGGUCUGGGGCCUGGCCUGGAAGGUCGGCGUGAUCGUGUUCACCAUUCUGAUGGCGAUCUUCAUACCGCACUUCAGCAUAUUGAUGGGCUUCAUCGGUUCCUUUACCGGUACCAUGCUGUCGUUUAUCUGGCCCUGCUACUUCCAUCUGAAGCUGAAGAGGAACUCUAUGGAGUGGAGCGCCGUCGCGUACGAUUGCUUCGUCAUCUUCCUCGGUAUUCUCUUUGGCGUGAUCGGCGUCUAUGAUUCCGGUACCGCGCUGAUCAAUGCCUUCGAGAUCGGCUUGCCCUUCUGAGCGAUCUCGCCUCAGCUAGGUCACAUUGUUGUUCUUGUCCCAAAAUCCUUGCACCAAAAUAUUGCGAACGCAUUCUCUGGAGUCGCCUCCGAAAUAUUUGAUUCUCGAUUUUAACAUGUUGUUCGGUAUUCAUGCAAUAAUGCAUUGCUGAUGCACGCGGGAGACUACGUCCAAAAUUCAAACUGAAACGAUAAAUAGAUAGUGAACUUUGUGAUUUAGAAAAGUUAGAAAGCUUCUGAAUAACAUUUUGAUCGAUAAUCAGCAAUACUUUUUUAUAAAGUAUGUUAAUACGAAAUUGAGAAUAUGUAUAUAAAUACGAAAUUUUUUUUUACAAAUGUAAUUUUAUAAAAUUCUCUAAAUUUGAGACAUAUCAUUAAAUCGAGAAUCAAAUAUUUCACAUGUUUCAGGGCGAUUAAUUCGUACAAGAAUUUUGUAUGUAACGCUAUAUCUAUUUUCUGUUGCAUAUUAUUUUAAUAUUUUCAUUAUUUUGAUGAAAGUACUGAGCGAUUAUUUUUUUUUUUUUAACGAUCUUUAAUUGAUCAAACGAUUAAAAUGUAAGAGCGUCGUUUUCCAAUCGUGUAAAAAUCGCGCUUUAAUAAUCGUAAAGCUAGUCUUUCAGUAAUGUCUUCCAGAAUAAGAUAAUAUUGCUAGAAAACUAUUAUAUUUGUAUUUAUAAUGGUAUGUUUAGUUUCACGUUUCAGUUCUUCACGUUGCCAAUUUACAUUUAAAUUAUUUCAAAUUAAUGAUUUUAAAGCAAUUAUGCGCCAUCCAACUUUUUCAAUGCGACAAUUUUAAGCGAAUAAUUUUUAGAAACGUCAAGAAAAUCAAAAGUAGACAAGGACAUACUAUUUUCUAAGGUCAAUUAUAAUAUUUUUUUAAACUUCUUUUACGAAAUUUUUUCUUAGAAUUCUUUAUAUAAUUUCUUAAAAUGCCUCUAUAAAUUUUACAUUUUUUGUAUUAUUUUACAAUUUUUUAAGAAAUUUUCUCAUAUUUGUUAAUUGCAAAAUACUUUUUAAAAUAUUCUAAGAGUUUUUAUUCUAUUUUCGAAGAAAACUUAACAUCUGAAGUUUAAGAU